AUGGAGAAAAGGGCUCGGAGCUCCUCCAGAGAGGCCCACGGGAGGGGCAGCGGGUCCGCCCACAAAGAGAACAAGAGGGCGAAGGCCGAGAGGGGCGGCAGAGGCCGCGGGCGCCGGGACGCCGGGCCGGAGCAGACGGCCCUCGGGCGGGCAGGGAGCCCGGGUGAGCCCCGAGCGCCUGCAGCCACCGUGGUGGACGUGGAUGAGGUCCGGGGCUCUGGCGAGGAGGGCACCGAGGUGGUGGCGCUGCUGGAGAGCGAGCGGCCCGAGGAAGGUACCAAGUCUUCCAGUUUAGGGGCUUGUGAGUGGCUUCUUGUCCUCACAUCCCUGCUCUUCGUCAUUGUGACCUUCCCUUUUUCUAUCUGGUUCUGCAUAAAGGUUAUACAGGAGUAUGAGAGAGUAAUUAUAUUCCGACUGGGACAUCUGCUUCCUGGAAGAGCCAAAGGCCCUGGCCUUUUCUUCUUUUUGCCCUGCCUGGAUACCUACCACAAGGUGGACCUUCGCCUCCAAACCUUGGAGAUACCCUUUCAUGAGGUUGUAACCAAAGACAUGUUUGUAAUGGAGAUAGAUGCCAUCUGCUACUACCGAAUGGAAAAUGCCUCUCUUCUCCUAAGCAGUCUUGCUCAUGUGUCCAAAGCGGUCCAAUUCCUUGUGCAGACCACCAUGAAGCGUCUCCUAGCACAUCGAUCCCUCACUGAAAUUCUUCUAGAGAGGAAGAGCAUUGCACAAGAUGUAAAGGUUGCCUUGGAUGCAGUGACCUGUAUUUGGGGAAUCAAAGUGGAGAGAACAGAAAUUAAGGAUGUGAGGUUGCCAGCCGGGCUGCAGCACUCACUGGCGGUGGAGGCCGAAGCACAGAGACAGGCCAAAGUGCGGAUGAUCGCUGCGGAAGGGGAGAAGGCUGCGUCCGAGUCCCUGAGGAUGGCAGCCGAGAUUCUAUCGGGCACUCCAGCUGCUGUUCAGCUUCGGUACCUCCACACCCUGCAAUCCUUGUCCACAGAGAAGCCUUCCACAGUGGUUUUACCUUUGCCAUUUGACUUGCUAAAUUUCCUGUCUUCUCCAAGCAGUAGAACUCAAGGAAGCAUCCCUUUACCAAAUCCUUCCAAACCUGUUGAGCCACUGAACCCUAAAAAGAAAGACUCUCCCAUGUUAUAGGAGGAAACAAGGAUAAUGUGACUGCAAGGAAGGCUGCCAUAUAACAGCUACAGCCCUAAGCAAGGCCCCCUGUCCUCACUUCCU